GUAACAAUGUCUUAAUUCUUAACACCUACAAGAGAUGAAUUAUAUGAUUCAUUGAGAUUAACAGAUAUAGCUAAAUCAAAUGAAUCAUUAGAACCAUCACCCAAAAAAUAUAUUAAGGUAUUUUAAAUUAAUCAAAAUUUAGAUAGAAGAUUUUGAAAACACUUCUUUAGAAACUCAAGAAUCAUCUUUAUAUAAUCAAAUCAUUAAACCCAUUCCCUUGAAAUAACAUGUAUCAGUUUCAAAGUAAGGACAAAGAUUGUUAAUAAAUCCAAAACUGAAAAUUGUAAAUAAUUUAUUCAAUUUCCAUUUAGAAAAUGCUUAAUCUUUACAUCUCACAAGCUAUUAUUCAAGAAGAGGACAAUAUUUUCAAUUGUACACAAUCAUUGAAAUGA